UCAUUAAAUACGGAUACUAAACAUAUUAUACGGCUUUUAUAUGUGUUUAAUAAGGGAACCAUAAAAAAAUGAAACAAUUUGACAAUAAUACGAAUACAAAAAAUUUAAACCGAUAAAAUGUAUAUGUGUAUUUAAUAUUUUCCCACCAACUAACCGAGUUAAAACUAUGUGAAUUGAAAAGGGGUAAAUGAACUGAAAAUUAGUAUUUCGAUAAAAAAAAAAAUAGUGAUUCUAAUAAUAAUUUACAUUACUCGAGCCAAUCACAAGGCGCCAUUUGGUGGGGAGCCUGCAACAGCAACGUCGCCACAGGCCACAGCCAAAUCGCCCGGUCACCGUGAUGGUACUGCUGUAUAUGUGAAUUGCAUUCCCGCUCUUCAACGUAUUCUCCUUUUCAAUUUUCAGAAAUCAAAUUACCUCCUCCUGCCUGCAAGAAACCUUCCUCAAGAAAAUGGCGAGGCAGGUUCAGUUGCUCCUGAACCUCGCCAGAAAGCCCUCCACUUCUUCCCCUCCUACACUUCUUUUCCCCACCUUUGAUCCUCUUCCUCAUCGUGGCCAUUCUGCUAAGCGCCGAAUUCUUCCCCCUUACGAUCCUGCUCCUCCUCGUCCUGAAAAUUCUACCGAGUGCCGGCGAACUCUUCCCGCCUCCGAUCCUGCUCCUCCUCGUCCUGAAAAUUCUACUGAGUGCCGGCGAACUCUUCCCGCCUCCGAUCCUGCUCCUCCUCGUCCUGAAAAUUCUACUGAGUGCCGGCGAACUCUUCCCGCCUCCGAUCCUCGUCCGUCACCACUUGUAGUUCUGGAUCCGAAAUCAUUUGGGGAAGCCAUUAGUGAUAAAAUCCUCACUCAGAUGAAGCAGUGGAGGAAAGAAGAUAAAGAUUCAGCGAGGGUAAACACCACAAUUGCCUUCGUCGGAUUCUUCUCUGUCCUAUAUCAGCUGUGGAAGGAUUAUAGUGCUUGGAUAGAGAAAAAGAAGGAAGAUUCGCCAAUAUUGAAACAACAAUCUGAGAAGUUCAAGAAGGCGGAGACCCAGAAGAGAGCUCUCCGUUGAAAACCCAGAAGACGUCAAAGGAAGAAUUGAAGGGUUCUGCGGUGGAAACCCAGAAACCGGGCGAGGAAUUGAAGCGAUUUCCGGUGGAAACCCAGAAGCCGGAGAAAACUCAGAAACAGGAAGAGGAAUUGAAAGGGGCUGCCGCGAAAAUCCAGAAGAAUCCGGGAGAGGAAUUGAAGGAGCCUGCCGCAAAAACUCAGAAGUCAGAUGAUGAAUUGAAGGGAGGCUCUGCGGUAAAAACCCAGAAGAAGAAGCGUCUUGUGGUGAUGGGAUGAUCGGCACGGCGAUACUCAUCACGAUUCUUUAUCUGCGGAAGAAAGAGUAGAGAAAGUGACCGAAGAGUAACAAGACAAGACGAGGGUAGCAUGGUCUUUGGUUUGUUUCUUGACUUUCUUUCAUCAUGUACAGUACAAACAAAAUAUUCUUUGAAUUGAUUGAUAAAUCAUAAACGGGAUUCUCCAUUUUGACCUUACUCUGUUUUCUUACUUUUUCUGCAUUUUCUCCCGAUUCUUCCCUCUCAAACCCUUACCGCCCCGGACUUCUUGAGCUCACCCUCGCUCAAUUAGUUUCUCCACCACCGCCGAAAUCCGUCGCCUCCUCUCCCGCCCACAAUUCCUCUUCCAAUUGACGUUCGCUGGCCUUGUUCUUGGCUCUGCUCCGUCGAUGAGGAGGUUAGGGGUAACGAGUAGGGUGGUGGGUGAAUUUCCCUGUUAAAUGUUAAUGAGAUGCAGAGAAGAGAGUCGGCUGCUACUGCUUCCAAUGCAGUUAAGAUAUACAGUUCAUGUUAGUUAGGUGAUUGAGCUACCGUUUUCAGAUAAUUCCAUUAUCGGUAACUGGAAUUGUGCCCAGAUUGUACUUCUGCCGUGUGGUUGUGAACAGUCAGUGUACGUGGAGAGAACAGGUAAAUGCUUGAUCAUAAACUUCAAGUGUUCAUGGAAGACACUGUAUGAGAUUGUGGAACAAGAUAACAGUAUCUUUCCUACUUCCUGCGAUGGUAAGCUAUAAUUUGUGUCAACUUCAUUAUCUGUUAGAACUUGUGGGUUGAUUUUCAAUUCUGGUUCAGAACUUGUUUAUUCAUUGUUUAAAAUCCAGUUCCAGACCCUUUGCCCACUUUUUGAACUAUUGAGAUGACAAGAUUCCCUUGCAUGAUAUCAGAGUUUUGAUGUUUGAAAGUUCUCAUGUUCGAAAUCUUUAUCAACCUUAUUAGCAGUACUUCCUUGUGACUUGUGAGUUACCAUGUAUCUUGGUAGGUUUUCCUAGCAACUCGAAUUAGUGGUAUGAUUGAUCUGAACUGAACUGAAUUGUUCAAAUUGUGGGUCCUCAGAGGAGAUCCCUUACUCUGAAAGAUCCUAAAAAGUAUGAAUUCCGUCAUAGGAAGCUAUUUAAGCAGGUUAGCUUAACCUGUUCAGUUUGUCCAAACCCAUAAACUUGAAAGGCUACUAGCUAGCACACCUGUUUGUUGCAAAUACAAAGAUAAAACUUAA